AUGUUUACUUUAUUGAAGCUUUUGGUGACGAUGCAUCCAAAAAAUAUCAAACGUUUUCCAGAUUUUGUGGCAAUAAGCUCACAGCUUCACCUGUCCUGGACACAUAACAGAUGUCUACAACUAAAGAGCAUAGGUAUAUCACAAACGCACACUUGAAAAUCAUAAGAUAUAGGACAUAAAAAGCUUUCUUGGAAGACAAAAAACAACAACAAAGGCAUGCCUUGCAGAAAGUACUUUAGGUAUUUGCAUCUGCACGAGUAUCUCUUGACAAUGCAAACUUUUGUCAAAAGAUCUUUGAAUCUGCUUUGCUAAUGAACAUACUUGUAUACCCAUAAAUACUUGAGGCCUCAUCAUUCAUGGUUUAUACUUUUGAGCGACGACAAUAACAACAUUAUCUGGAGGAUAAUGCUCUUGGCCCACAGAUUGUCUUCAUGCAAAUUUCACAGUAGAUACCUACACAUGUAUAUGUACAGUACAUGCAGCUCAAAACAACUGUCCAAAAAAUGCGUGUGUGCAAUUUGUACCUCUGCAUCUGAGUGUGCGUGUAUCUCUGACACAUCUGAUUAGUAUACAUGUAUGGGCCAGCUUUAUACCUCUUUCACAAUGGUGUCCUAUUAAUAUAUAUAUUUUUUAUAUGUGUGAUAAAUUCAGGCUUUCGGCCCUCGUUUGAAAGUAAGAAUUGUUUUGUAUUUUACACAUGUUCAAGGCUGCUGCCUAAGAAAAAUUUUAGGGAGCCCUUCGGGCUCCUAAAGUUUAAAGUUAGGAGCCCGAGCCACAUUGUUAGGAGCCCAGUUUGAAAUCCAUGUAUUGUUUUUCCAAGAUCAUUACAUAGGUUAUAGAGGUUCUUGCACACUUUAAUAAGAAUUCGCCGGGCCUAAUAAAUAACACGUAAACAAGAAUUAACCGAAUUAUUUACUUUCAUUUAUUAAUUUAUUCAAUUAACUUCCACAUCUGUUGUGUUCAAUGUGACCUAGAAGAGCCUUCAAAGAAUUUUCUAAAAUGUAACAAUUAAACUGCUUCUUACCAAGGUCAAGAAUGUCAAGUUGUCACUACGGAUUAAAUAAAACCGCAUUGAAUAUAGGUCAAAUGAAGGCACAGCAUCUUCGGUUGUGUUUUAAAAGCGGGAAAUAUAUUUUAUUGUUUUGAAAGAGACAGUUUCCAAAUCGUUAUCUAUAUUAAUAUAAAUGUUCACAUACGGAGUCGUAAGAAAUAAACAUUGCUUACCUGUUGCGAGAAUUCCAUUGUAGUCACUGGGCUUAAGACAAAUUGCUGAAACCUUUGUCGAUUUUACCGAGAAAAGAAGAACCUUUGCCGAUUUUAGCGGGAAAAGCAGAACCUUUGCCGAUUUUAGCGGGAAAGGGCGCUAAGCACGUGCAGCAAGGCAGAAAUACAACCAACACAAAGUUGAUCAUUACUUUAAUUUCUUUAUUCAAGGUAAAGACAUCACAUUACAAAUAUGAAAUAUCAUACUGCGUUCUCUGGCGUGUUGUUUUUUAAAGUCUCUUGAAAAUGCUGAUACGUUGCAAACUGGUACAUGAAAUCGAACAUCAAGCACGUCCAGUCGAUAGCACGCAAGAUAGCUUCCCAUUCUCGCCACAAAAAAGUUAUCAAAUCGACGAAAACCCAAGCAAACGAUGAACUGCACGAAUGUCAACAUAGGCAACAAACAGCCCAUAAUUUUGCUAUUCCAUAUUUGGAAGUCAAAUCUCAGACCCAGUCUUCAACUGCCAUCCGGACUCGGAAACGAUGGCUUGUUAACGAGGUCAGAAAUGGUUAUUAUAAUCCUAUAAAACGAUACAUAUUUGAUAGGCCACCAGAUUGUAAAAUACGUCUGUUGUCUACAUAUUGCUCUUAUUUUGUGAAAGGUUUGAACCCAGGAGUCAUUUCGUAAGUAGGCUGAGUAUGUUUGUCUGGGUGAACGUAGUCCUGAAUGUUGACAGUGACUGAUGUUUCAACAACCUGUGUAGUAUUCAUCUUCUGAGUGACUCUGAAGAUGAAUACUACAGAUUGUUGAAACGCCAGUGACUGUCAAUAACAACAGUCCUAUUCAAGACUCGAACGUUCACCUGGACAUUCAUGCAUAAACUUUUGUUUUUAUUUUGUUGUUAGUUUUUGUGGACUUUAUUGUAAGUCAUUGGAUCUUAAACAGUGGGCAUUAACUGAGGAACUGUAUACAAGUAAACAUACAUUUAUCUUCCUACAGUGUAACUCAAACAUUUGAACAAGCAUCCACAUCAUUGGCACUAAACGAAUCUUUGGCUCAAAUGUUUUCCAUCCAUUAUUAGUUUGAGCAUCUUGAGGAAGGAUGAACAUGUACAUAUACCAGCAUGCAAAGUAAGAUGUGUCUGAUAGCCCGGAGCUAGUGGAUUUUGCAAUUGAGGUAGUGAUUUGUGUUCUUAACUUGCCAGCGGGGCAAGUGAAGUUUUUUGGGAAAUUCAAAUUACAGAAGAACUGUAAUCAAUGCUGCUCAUUAAAUUUUUCGAGGGCUAAUUAAAAGACUCUUAGGCUAGUACAUACUAGCAACAACUUGCAUGCCUGAGUGGCUGCUUGAAGCCGUAAAACCGACUUUCUUUGCACCCUGAUAUAUACAGAAAGUAAACCAAUUGCUCCACCUAGACCGAUUACAAGAAAUGUUGAUGACAUAAAUUUAUAAAGCACAAGACAUAGUGUCAGUCAUUUGGCUACAGUGAAGUUAGCUAAGAACUGUGGCCAUGCCAUUUCGACUUUAAUAUACAUGUAAACAUUCACAGAAACUAUUUCACAAAGAGUGGAAUAGAGCCAGCGAUGUUUAAUUGUUAUGAUGUUUGUAAACUUUCCAUCAUGGAUACCCAACAUUUUGUGUCUUUGACAAAACGUGAAUUAUAUUUAUUUAAACAAUAAUUGCUGACAGUACAAUCUAACUUGACUGUGCAUGUAAAUUAUUUUAUUUACACUGGCAAGUUACUUCAUGUCAGAGUCAACAUAGAAUGUUUUUUGAAUAUUACUAAGGAUGUAGACCUCAUUUCAAAAUAAAGACUGUCUCUGCUAGUGUGGUUUUUUUGUAUCUGUCAGGCCAAAUCACAUGAAAUAUAUCACCAUGUUGUACAUUUUCUGCUCUUAGUAAAGUCAAGAUUGACUUGUAUAAUAUUGAUAAUAACUCUAAAAGGAUAAAAGUGCAGGCUAGCAACUCCAAAAAUGAAAUUUCUUUGCAACUUACUGUUGUAUUUAUAAUUUUUAUUUAUUUUGAUUGCUUGACUGACUAGCAAUAGAAAAAAGUGUUAAACAAUUUAUCUACAUUUUUUUGUAAUUUAUAUGAACACUUUUAUAGUAAUUAACUAAUAUUUCAUUCUUAGGUUUUACAGUAUCCUUCUUAUAAUUUACUGUGGUUUAAUCAUACUCUACAAGUAGUAUCUAAUUCUCUUUUGUUGUUUAUUGUUGCUGAUAUUCAAAAAUAGUAAGAUUUCUGCUACAAAUAAUUUGAGAGCAAUUUUCUACGAAAGACCUCAUUAUAGUACCGUAUGUUCCUAGUGAGAUUCUCAAAACAGAAAGAUUAAAGGGGCUAUGCCACACUAUUUUUUAGGCAUUGAAACCAUUUGCUAUAGACCUUUGUCACAACGGCCAUUUUGUCCCAGCAGUUAGCCUGGCAGUAAGAAGGAGGCUAGCUGCGCAAAUACAAAGCUUUUUUAAUCUCUUGGGACAAAAUGGCUGCCACGUGACAAAGGUCUAUUGUUUGUAGCUAUGAAUGGCAAGGAUGGACGUUGAUUAAAACUUGAAAAAAUUUUGCCACCCUUUUCAACUUUUAAAGCUUUGUGCUUGCAAAAAUUACAAGCAUAAAAAUUGUUACAGUUAGUGCUCCAUGGUGAAAAAAUUUUUUUUGGUUAUCUUCUUUAAAACUCUAAACAGGUACCAGUAUAUGUUUUUAUAUGGGUUAAGGGACUAAGUUCUGAUGUAUAUGUAAGCUAUCCAUGAACAUGCUAUGGUACAACUAGGCAGCAUAAUAUUAUUGCAAAAAGAAGGUGGUGUCCAAUAGCUCUGGACUGGUAAAUUUUGCUAUUGCUCUAGUGGAUUUCAUUCUUAACUUGCCCACUGUACAGGACAGUGACGUUUUUUGAGGGAUUAAAAUUACAGUCUAAGAACUGUGUAAUCAUUGCAGUUACCUCAUCAAAAAGUAUUUGGGGCUAGUUGAAAUGACCUUUGGGCUAAUGCAUGCUACUACCUCAUACAGCUUGCCCAAAUGACAAGCUGUAUAACUGACUUUCUUUGCACCCUGCUGAUGUUGAUUUCCAUCAGACUUCUAGUCCCCUAUUAUUUCAUAAAUACUGUUGUAACUCGCAUUCAUCUAGGAUGCAGAUGUACCAAGGGGGGAGGGAGCUGCGAUCCAAGUUUACAGAAGUUAAAGAGGAAGGAUUUCAUUCACUCCUCCGGAUGUGAGCUACAGUGAUGUGAGGACAGUCCCCCUAUUCUCCCCAAAUCAAUGAUCCUAUACCCCCCACCCCCUCCCAACCCCUAGUCCCAGGGUAGAACUGAUACUCAUCCCUAGGUUGCACUCAGACCAUGGGGCAAAUUAAAAGAAAAAAAAGAAAGAAAGAAAGAAAGAGAGUGAUUAUCUAAUGUGUUUAUGUAAAGUAUAAAAGUACAGGGGAAGUGGCAAAUUGACAGGGUUGAUUAAGCUGUUGCUGCCAAUCCCACUUGCUGCCUCAUUUAUAUACCCUGUGUGCCCCCAUAUAGCCUUAAAAACGCCCGUUUCACUACUCUAUUUCAGACAAGAGACUCUCCAACCCAUAUUUAGGCUAUUGAAUCCGCCCUCCGACACAGAUGUACAUGUACACUGAUUGAAAUCUCCCACAUUUUACACCUUGUUCAGGGCAACACCCUGUUUGAGAGGCUAAUAGCAAAAUUGUGUACUCAGUUUUAUUAAGACUCUCAACCCCCCAAACCCAUACCAUGUUAACCAUUAAGGCCAAAUAAGAGAGUGCUUUCCCCUGGGAUGCAAAGACAGUAUAACUCUUCAGUACUUCUUGUUUUUGCCUUAGGUGUCCUUGUCGCUGCUGGAGAUGUCAUCACCCAGCAAUUUGCUGAGCAAAGAGGCACAAAUCAUGACUUCAGAAGAACAGCUCGUAUGGGAGUGGUUGGACUAGUUAUUGGCCCUGUGCUAAGAUCAUGGUACCUUACACUGGAGAGGAUUGUCCCUGGGACUGCCAAAACUGCCGGCUUUAAAAAGAUGCUGCUGGAUCAGAGUCUCUUUGCUCCUGUUAUGAUAUGCUUCUUUUUCAGUGUGUCCGAGACACUUGCUGGAAAACGACCACAUGAAAUCAAAGAGAUGCUCCAGGAACGCUAUGUACAGACACUGAUCACAAAUUAUAAGAUCUGGCCCCUUGCACAGACUCUGAAUUUUACGUUUGUUCCUAUUCAGCACCGCGUUGGCUUUGUCCAAAUUGUAGCAAUAUUUUGGAAUGCAUACCUGUCAUGGAUGGCUAACAGGCCGUCACCUGAUACUGCAGCCUUAACUGUUAAGGGUUCUUUGGAGCUGGUUCAGUGA